AUGCUCCUGUCCUGCCGGCGCGAGGUGCUCAUGCCGGGCUCGCCCAUCUACGAUUACCUGCUCGCAGGCCGGCCGGCCGCCAUCACCAACGCCAUCCGCGUCCAGAAUGGGCUGUUCUACGUGCUCUGGGGCCUCCACAGCAUUGAAUGUGCCUUCUUCUCAAUCAUUAGGCUCAAGAGACACAACGUGCACUUUCUGACCGACCUGUGGUGGCAGUGGAUGCUCAUGUGUUUUGUUGGUGGUGCAAGCAGCUGGCAACACUUUCGCCUAGCCGUCAAGGAAGCGACGGCAAAGCAGGCAUGA